AUGCCUCCCAGCCCGGACACCAAAGCCGGGGCCAACACCCAGCAACCUGCAGUGAAUGAAAAACGCUCAGUACAAAAUGAAGUCACCCCCGCUGAAGAGACAGGUUUAGAAGAUGAGGUUCCUCUCGAAGAUCAAGAGCAAGACUUCCCCGAGGGUGGCCUGAGAGCAUGGCUAGUGGUGCUCGGUUGCUGGCUCUCCUGCUUCGGUGCGCUGGGAUUUGCAAAUUCGAUGGCUACAAUACAUGCGUAUAUUAGCAGGCACCAGCUCGCAGACCACGGAGAGGGCUCCAUCGGGUGGAUUUUCUCCCUCUGGGCGUUUCUUUCCUUCUUCUGCGGCAUCUACGUCGGUCCCAUCUUCGACAAGUAUGGACCCAAGUGGUUGCUUGCUGCGGGAGGAGUGUGUGUCGUCGCCUGCCCAAUGUUGUUGAGUAUCUGCACUGAAUAUUGGAGCUUUAUAUUAGUGUUUGGAGUUCUGAAUGGCAUCGGAGGGGCGCUGCUCUUGACUCCUUCAUACGCUACUGUUGGGCACUGGUUCAAACAGCGUCGAGGCUUGGCGACAGGAAUCGCAUCCACGGGUAGCUCAUUCGGCGGUAUGGUGUACCCCAUCAUCCUGCGUGUUCUUUUCGAGCAGGCCGGCUGGAGAUGGGGUAUGUGGGCAGUGGGACUGAUCAACCUCUUCUGCUGCGUUUGCGCGUUCUUCCUCGUCCGGACACGUUUAUCGUCGACCGGAGGUAUGAGCCUGCACCCCGACCUCAAGAUAUUCCGGGACGUGGCUUUCAGCUUGGCAACACUGGGAGUCUUCCUGAUGGAGUUUGCACUAUUCAUUCCCAUGACGUACGUUUCGAGCUACGCCCUCCGCAAAGGGUUCGGCCUCAGUUUCUCCUACCAGAUCCCAACCAUUCUGAAUGCAGCCAGUAUCUGCGGCAGGAUUCUAGCAGGGUGGUGGGGUGAUCAGUUCGGGGCCUUCAACUCUCACAUGCUUGCUUCCAUAUUGUGCUGCACGUCCUGUCUGGCCAUCUGGCUUCCAGCUGGAUCAUCCCUCGCCGGCUUGGUGGUCUUCGUUGCCAUGUUUGGAUUUGGCAGCGGGAGCCAUAUGAGCAUGAAUCCUGUCUGCAUUGGGAAACUGUGUGGUAUAAAGAACUAUGGCCGGUACUGGGCCACCUCGUGCACUGUGGCAUCGUUCGCUGGCCUCAUUGGAGUGCCGCUGGGAGGACAAUUGAUUUCAGGGGCAGGUGGUGAAUACUGGUCUGCUAUUGUAUUUGCUGGAUGCUUGUAUGGGGCAUGUGGUGUGACGAUGUACGCGGCGAAGGGGAAGUGUGUUGGUUGGAAGCCGUGGGUGCUCUUCUGA